UCGGGAACUACUAACUUUCAGUUCAGACAAAUUUACAUAAAAUGCAAUAUUUUUGGCUAAACUCUAUGCCAGUGAAUUUGUCACAUUAGUUGAAGACCACCCUGUACAGAAUGGCCACAAAUAAAAAUAUGCGAGGAAAAUAUAUACAUAUUUACAUUGCGAGAACGGUAUCUGCAAGGGCUUCUGUAACUUUUCCGCAUGAGAUGACGUGAUUCAGUGAAUUCGCUCAGUACAAAACGACUUUCGGAGUAAAAGCGCUUUAAAGCUAGGAAUUUGCACACACAGAUAAUAACACACGUUUAUGCAAAAUUCCAUUGGCCUAACUUUUCCAAAUAUGGCUUGAAGUUCAUUAAUUUCAGAAAAAUCUGAAUAUCAAUAAUCGCAUUAAUAUUUCUUAGUUUUCUCACGAUAUUGGCAAUAAUAAACAACCGUUUUUCUAUAGUGGAUUGUUCCUAUAACCGCAGUGAGCGGCUUGGAAAAUCCUAGCUUUCAAUAAAAUAAACUUGCAAAUAACGGAUUACUGACUUUAGCUCAUUUUCAUUAAUUGUCACAUGGCACAUGCGUAAGAACGAGACAAUUUUCACCCUUCAGGAAAAACAUGCAGUGAGGUUUCAACGGUUUCGGUGGAAACUAGGGCUUGUACAAACCGCGUUCGAUUGGAAAACUCGUAAAGUUCUCUAGGACCAUUUGAACUAGUGGUGUGUCGAACAGUUGACAAUUUUCACGAGUUUGGUUUUCAUGCAACUGAGCUGGUGGAUUGAAUACUCAGCAUAGACUGUUUUGGGAUCGUUAUCGUUUCAUGUGCUCUUGUGCAUGCUAACGAUGCUGCUUUAGCUCUGGAUUUAUGGCAAGAUACCGUUCAGCAAUGGUGUACAAAUCAAUAAUCUUUAUAGGAUUUCUAAGCGUUGUGCAAAUCGCUGCGGGGCUCAGGAACCGGAAAAGAGACAUUCGAGUUGUAUUCGAGCGGAACGACGAAACAAUUUAUCCUUGUCCAAAUCCAUGCAGCUGUCCUCGAACUGAAGGAGAAUGCACAGAUUGCAGUCAUUGUCUAAUGCAGCUCGGAGAGCCCUGUAGCCAGGAAAGUCCUUGCGAUUUGCAAAAGGAACUAAUUUGUAAAUUUAAGAAUGGGGACUCCGAAGGAACAUGCACAGAGUCAUCCGGAGUCCCAUGCAUCGUUUACAACAGAACCUAUGACCAUGGAGAGACGUUUAAUCUGGACUGCAGAACGCAGUGUACUUGCCAAAAUGGCACAUAUGGUUGUUCCUCUUUAUGUCCUCAAGAACACAUAUCGCCUAGAGAAUGUCAGCACCCGCGAUUGGUAGACGUUACUGGUCAGUGCUGCAGAGAGUGGAUGUGUGAUAGUAGAACAGCAGAGCAACCUCCGUCGUGUCAGCCGUCGUUCUCCAGGUGGUCGACAUGUUCCAGUGAGUGCGGUUCUGGUUUAUCCUCCAGAAAAUCAAAUUUCAACUCUAAAUGUAUUCCUGAAACUGAAACCAGAAUAUGUCAGACAAGAAGAUGUCAAGAUGAGUUUUACGUUGCCGCACAUAGAAAAUAUCAUCAUCUUCGAAAAGGACACGAGUGUAAAGCCACCCAUCGCAUAAGCGAACCAGUAUUUCUACGCUUUGGGCCAUGUCGAAGCAGAAAAAGAUUCAGACCAAAGUAUUGCGGUCUUUGUCCAUUAACAGGAACUGAUUGCCAACCAACGCUCAGUACCACCGUUAAUGUGGAUUUUAUAUGCGAAGGUUCAGGCUUGGCCGAAAAUAGCUCCGAAUUACUACCCGAAUACAUAGAGCCAGCGGCUGAUUUUUGGGCGGAUGAAUUUCCUCCUAAAUACGACUCAGAUGAUUCACGAUUGUUAACCGUCCUUGUGCAAUGGAUUCUUAAAUGCCGCUGUACCACCACGACUCCAAAGGCCAUUACACUUCAAAAAACCUAUGGAAAUGCAAUCGACGUAGAUGAGGAUAUCGUUUUGCACCGAGUACAUAGAACUUAGGUUAACCGAGAUUAGCAGCCACUACAUAGAACAGUUUGUUAUAAAUCAGCUUUUGAUGAAACUACUUAAAUCAAAUGUCUUGUAUGAAAAAUUCGAAAUUUGGAAAAAUUAUAUCAAAAUAACAACGAUGCAAUAUCAGUAUUGCAUCAUUGUGAAAACAGAAUUUAAAGACCUCGACCAGUAGGUGAGUUAAUGUAACUUUGUACUACAGAUAACUGCAGUAAUCUGCAAAAUUAAGAAGAACUAAGAAACUGGAGUUCCACAAUUUGUAAUGUUCAUAGCCACCUAUUUCAGCAUAUCAAUCGUCUCAAAGGCAGAUGUAAGUACGUGUAGACGUGUAGGUCAAGAGUAUUGUGAUAAUGCAAUUAGCCGUACAACCGAUUUUUAAAUCUUUUUCGAUUCAUAUCAACCAAUAUCAUAAUCUUGGCAUUCCAAAUAUUUUGACAAUAAAUUAUAUAUAUUUGGAAACACAAAUGGUUAUUUAUUAUUGGAUAAGGACACUAGGAGUGGAAAUUUCGUUUAUUUGAAAGAGAAAACCAUUGUCGAGGUUAAUUAAUGUUACGUGUCUAGAAGCAUCACGAAACGUUACUGAAAAUGCUUGGAUAGCUAAAAGUGCCCGAUGUUUCGACGCAUUAUUCGGGCCUUUCUC